AUGUCUCGAGCCAAUGAAGCCCAAGUGGAGGAUCGGAACACGCUGCUCGGCGUACAUGUGGCCGACCUGAGCCGCGAGACACCGCCCAACGCGUUUCUCUUUCCUCGGACGUUUCUGCACACGCAUUUCUUGCACGACAGAGUGGGCGUUCAUCCGUUUCUGCCCGCGUAUCCUCCGCAGAUCUUGCAAUGGCUGCAGCCAAACCCCCUCACCGAGUCGUGUGUGGGCAAAUUCGGUCUCUCGGCAGCAAUGGGCUACGCCAUGGGCAAUGUGUUUGGACUUGUUUUGGGCAGCUACGAAGGGAUUACACCGCCAGUGCCGCUUCCUGGACAACGCGAACUGCCCAAAGUACCGUGGCGAGAGUCGGUGGCGGGAUCGUGGAGGACGACAGCUGGCAAGUGCCGCUAUUGGGGCAACAAUUUCAUGAUCAUUUCGGCCAUGUUCUCGGGUCUCGAGUGCGCGUCCGAAAAGAUCCGUGGACGGCACGACGUGGGCAACGAGCUGGCAGCAGGGUGUGCGACGGGUGCAGCGUUGGCAGCAGGACAAGGCGUGCAGGCGCAGUGUCUCGGUUGUGUCGGCUUUGCUGCAUUUUCGUACGCGAUUAACGUGUUUACAGGUGGCAAGUUCUAG